AUGCCCUCCUCACCUGCAUUGAUCUUCAUGGUCAUCUUCUUCCUGGAGUCGUUGGCUGCAGUGCUGCAGAAUGGCUUCAUAGUUACUGUGUUGGGCAGGGAGUGGGUGUGACGCCAGGUGCUGCCCGCAGGUGACAUGAUUAUGGCCUUCCUGGCCGCCCAGUUCUGCCUGGAUGGGGUGGCCAUCCUGAACAACCUCUUGACCUUCUUUGAAAUGGACUAUUACCACAUCUCCUGGAACUUCAUCAACACUCUUGCUUCCUGGCUCACUGCCUGGCUUGCCGUCUUCUACUGUGUGAAGAUCGCUGUCUUCUCCUACCCUGUCUUCUUCUGGCUGAAGUGGAGGAUUUCUCGGUCAGUGCCCAGGCUGCUGCUGGGCUCCCUGGUCUUCGCUGGUCUGACAGUCAUCUCAUCAGCCAUUGGGACUAGAAUUCUUAUGUCCCCGAGUUCCCAAGGAAACAGCAUCCUGGCUGAUACUGUACAGCCCUUCUAUUGGUGUCUUAUUCUACCUCGUGCAAUGCUUACGUGGUCAGUCCCAUUCCUCCUGUUCUUGGUGUCCACGCUCUUGCUCAUGUUCUCACUGUGCCAGCACUUGGGGCAGAUAAGGGACCAUAGACUGGGCCCACGUGAUCCUAGCACACAGGCUCACACCAUGGCCCUGAAGUCACUUGUCUUCUAUACCUCAUAUUUCCUGUCUCUGAUUGUUGUUUCUAUGAACAUCACAGACUUUCAGAGUCACUGGUACUGGGCCUGGGAAGUGGUGACCUAUGCAGGCAUCUGUCUGUACUCCAGCAUCCUGGUGCUAAGCACCCCUAAGCUGAGAAAGGUCCUGAAGACCAGGCUUUGGAAAGCUCUGGACAAAGGCUGGUCUGUCUCAAGUUCUCAGUAUCAAUAA